AUGCCUUCGGAGCGCGAAUCGAGUGGGGCCUGCAGAGAGCGAAACGCGGGACCCAUGAUCCUAAAAAAAAAUAGGUCCUUAGGACCGAUUAUUGCUCUCGCGCGCGGUUCUUUUUCUUCGCGCGCGGCCCGUCGCGCUGCCCGCGCGCCUUGUGUGCUGCGCUCGACCCCCCGCGCCUUCGUCGCCGCGGUCGGGCCUGCAGCAACAGCCGCGGCAGAGACUGCAGUCGCGGCCGUCGCAACUGCUGCAGCAGCCGCCGCCGCCUCUCCUGCCGCGGCCGCCGCUGCAUCUACAGCAGCUGCAGCCGCCGCAUCUACUGCAGCAGCCGCCGCUGCAGCUACAGCAGCAGCAGCCGCCGCAUCUUCUGCAGCAGCCGCCGCUGCAUCUACAGCAGCAGCAGCUGCCGCAUCAUCUACAGCAGCGGCCGCCGCCGCAUCUACGGCAGCAGCAGCCGCCGCAAUCUACAGCAGCGGCCGCCGCAGCUACAGCAGCAUCAGCCGCCGCUGCCUCUGCAGCAGCAGCCGCCGCCGACCCAGCAGCAGCAGCCGCCGCCGAUCCUGCAGCAGCCGCAACCGCCGAGUCUACUCCAUCGGCCGCCGCCGGCCCUGCAGUCCCUACUCCUUCGACGCUGAGGGCCGCCCAGUGAAAUUUGACACCUGGCUCGAUGAUCUGCACCUUUUCCUACAGCUCACUGCCAAGGAAGACAUUUCACUGUACGACCACGCCCUAGGCCAUGCUACUGCCCCUGACUCCUCUGCUGCUAGCACACUGCGCUCCCAGUGGCAGACCCGCGACGCACACGCUCGCUUUGCUAUCCGCAACUCCCUGCCGCUAGAUGAGCGCGAGCACUUCGGCCAGUGCAAGACUGCUAAGGAACUGUACACAGCCGUAGUUGCUCGCUACUCCUCGCCUGCGUCUGCCACCCUAGGCCGCCUCUCCCUGCCCUACCUGUUCCCCGACCUGGCCUCCUUUCACACUGUCGCUGAUCUCAUCACCCACCUCAAGACUAGUGAGGCCCGUUUUCGCGCUGCUAUGCCUGCCGAGUUCCUUGCUAGCAACCCCCCCCCGCUCUGGCUCACCCUCUACCACAUUGUCACCCGCCUCCCUGACUCUCUGCGCACAGUCAGGGACUCCUUUCUAGCUCGCUCCCCUACUGAGCUCACCAUUGCCCUCCUCGAGAAGGACCUACUUGCAGCUGAGGCGAGCAUCGUCGCCGUAGGUGCCUCUCGUGGCGAGCCCCGCACCCCCUUCUUCGAGGGGUGUUCCCCUUCCCCCCUUCUCCCCUCUGUCGCCACUGCUGCUGCUGUCGACCUCCUUGGUGCUGAGAAGGUCGGGGCUGCGUCUGCUUCGAGCGGGCGCCGCAAGAGCAGGGGGGGCAAGGGUGGGGGUGGAGGCGGGGGAGGCGGGGGUGGAGACAGUGGAGGUGGCGGUGGGUCUGGAGAGGCUAGUGGCGGCAGUGGGGGUGGUGACAGCGGCGGCGGGGGUGGUGGCAGAGGCGGAGGUGGCAGCGGCGGCGGUGGCGGUCGUGGCCGUGGCAGGGGUGGAGGUGGCCGAGGCGGUGGCGGUGGCGGUGGUGGUGGUGGCCGUGGAGACGCUGGAGGUGGCCAGAGUCAGCAGCACGCCCCGACCCUCCAGGCCGCCCGUGAGUGGUACGCGCAGCGUGGGUACACUUGCACGUACGUCAUCCGCACUGGUGACCGCACUGGCCAGCCAUGUGGGAGGCCGCACCCCACGCAGCGCUGCUUCCAGCGCCUGACUGACGCGUGGCGCAUCCAGUUUCCUGGGUCUACUGAGCUCGCCCACUGGCCUGAGCUGGAAAAGAAGGGUGUUGAUAUCUGGGCUUUAGACUUUGAUGCUAUUCUCACUGCUAUGUAUGCGAUGUCUAUUAGUGGAGAGGGUGCCCAGUACUUGCGUGUUCCGCCCGACCCGGGCAUUCAGGCCAGCCCAGCUGCUGCUCUAGGUGCUAGUGCGUCUGUGCCCCCUGGUACUGAGUCGACUGCAGCACUGCACACCUUCACACUGGACUCAGGUGCUUCUCGCUCUUUCUUUCGUGACCGCACUGUCCUUGAGCCACUAGCUCGGCCGGUUGCUGUCUCUCUUGCUGACCCCUCUGGGGGUCCGGUCAUUGCGACCUCCUCCACUACACUUCCGUGUCCAGCGGUUCCGUCCGGCACGCUCUCAGGUCUCUACCUCCCCUCGUUCUCUACGAACUUGGUGGCAGGUUGUGCGCUGCAGGACGGGGGUGUUCACCAGUUCACCCCUGCCUACGAGCGUGUGACACACUGCACGUGUGCUCGGACGGGCCGCCACCUGGCUACUUUCACUCGAGAGCCGGGGUCGGACCUGUACACACUGACCACUGAGUCCCCUCAGGUAGCUGCGUCUGCGUCUGCAUCAGGUCAGCUGUCCGCCCCCUGCUCGUGUCGCUCUCUGGCGCAUGAGACUGUCCUCUGGCACCACCGCCUUGGUCACCCGUCUGUGCAGCGCCUUCGGGCCAUGCACAAACGGGACCUUGUUGCUGGUCUUCCCAGGGUGCUCCCUCCCCUUCCCGACUCCCCUGCUCCUGACUGCAUUCCCUGUGUCGAGGGGCGGCAGCGCGCCGCUCCUCACUCCUCCUCCUUUCCCCCGACGACUGCUCCCUUGCAGACGCUCCACAUGGACGUGUGGGGCCCAGCCCGCGUCCGUGGUCAGGGUCAGGAGAGGUACUUCCUGAUAGUUGUUGACGACUACUCGCGCUACACCACGGUCUUCCCCUUGCGCGCCAAGGGUGACGUCCCUGGUGUUUUGAUCCCCUGGAUCAGCCGAGCCCGUCUCCAGCUAGGCAAGCGCUUUCACUCGGACUUUCCUGUCCUGCGCUUGCACUCUGACAGAGGUGGUGAGUUCGCCUCCGACCUCUUGGCAGCCUACUGUGCUGAGCACGGCAUUGAGCAGUCGUUCACGCUUCCGGCCUCUCCGCAGCAGAAUGGGGUCGCUGAGCGCCGCAUUGGCCUAGUCAUGGAGGUCGCUCGUACCUCCCUGACCCAUGCGGCUGCUCCCCACUUUCUGUGGCCGUUUGCGGUCCGAUACGCUGCGCAUCAGCUCAACCUCUGGCCCCGUGUCUCCUUGCCGGAGACUUCCCCGACUCUGCGGUGGACGGGAGAGGUUGGCGAUGCGUCGCGUUUCCGGGUCUGGGGAUCUCGAGCUUUUGUCCGCGACACGUCCGCGGACAAGCUCUCGCGUCGCGCCGUUCCCUGUGUCUUUCUUGGCUUUGUGCCUGACGCGCCUGGAUGGCAGUUUUACCACGUCACCUCGCGCCGGGUUCUGGCCUCUCAGGACGUCACUUUUGACGAGUCCGUCCCCUUCUACCGCCUCUUCCCCUACCGCACUGCCCCGCUCCCCCCCCCGCCUCUCUUCCUCGCUCCAGGUGCUGAGGUACCAGACCCCCUCCCCCCUCAGGGUGCCGCUCCCUCAGGUGUGUCCCAGGUAGACCCGGGUGAGCCUGUCGAGGUAGCUGUUGACUCGCGUCCUGCGUCUGGGGGUGCUGAGUCUGGGGGUGCUGAGUCUGGGGGUGCGGAGCCUGGGGGUGCUGAGCCUGGAGGUGCGGAGCCUGGGGGUGCUGAGCCUGGAGGUGCGGAGCCUGGAGGUGCGGAGCCUGGAGGUGCUGAGUCUGGGGGUGCUGAGUCUUCGGGUGCUGAGCCUGAGCGUACUACACCUGGAGGAGCCCUCUCCUCCCAGCAGCUGCAGGAGAGGUACCUCGAGUACUGCCGCCUCCGGAGAGGUGCUUCUGGAGCUCGUCCCAGUACUUCCCCUCCUACCCAGGAGCUCCCCCCCAUUCAGGUGAUCCGAGAGUGGUACACACGGCGCUGCAGUCUUCGGAGUGGUGCUCCUGGUGCUGCGGACCCGAGCGGUGGCGCUGUUGCUGGUGCUGAGGACCCGGACGCUGGAGCUGCUGCUGGUGCUGAGGACCCGGGCGUUGGAGCUGCUGCUGGUGCUGAGGACCCGACCGGCGGCGCUACUGCUGGUGCUGAGGACCCGACCGGUGGCGCUGCUGCUGGUGCUGAGGACCCGGGUGUUGGAGCUGCUGCUGGUGCUGAGGACUCGGGCGUUGGGGCUGCCGCUGGUGUCCCUGCUGGUUCUGGAGACGCUGCGCGGCCGCGACCGUACUUCGUACCGCUCCUUCAGCAGGUUCUUGGUCAGGCUCCUCCUCCUAGUCCUCCUCCCUCCGUCGAGUGUCCUCUGCCUGUCCAGCCGCAGUCACAGUUACCGCCUGCCUCGCCUCUCCCUGCUCCCUCUCCUUACGCUGGUCCCACAGGAGGUCUUACAGAGCGUCGUGAGCCUGAGUCUCGUCCUGCGUCGCCUGUUCGUACUACUCGCACUGGUCGUCGUGUCCCGCGUGAGCGUCCUCCUCCUGUCCCUGGCACUCACUACAUGACUUUGCGUCCCUCCACUGCUCCGCAGCGUGUCCCGCUGCCGUCUCCUCCUGCGUCCUCUCUUCCUACUCUUCCUGACCCGGAGUCUGACUCCCGUCGUGCGGCCAGUCCCACUGUUACGCGUCUCCUCGCUACAGUUGUCACUGACCCGACCUUUGAGUCCUCUGCUGCGUCUGCUCUGGUCGCUGAGUUGGUUGACUUUGCUGCUCGCUGUCGCUUAGACUACGCUGCCAGCCUUGUCGCUGAGUCUGAGUCUGAGUCUGCCUGUCCUCCGUCCGUCGGGGGUGAGUGUGCUCUUGGCACGGACGUCCUUGAGGACAGACAGGAGGAGUUCCAGUGCUUUGCUGCUGCUUUGCCCCAUCUCGUGUCCAUGCUUGUUGCCCCUGAGGGAGACCCGGAUGCACCAGACAUCCCGACCCCGCGCUCUUACGCUGAGGCGAUGGCGGGUCCCUGCUCCUCUCAGUGGCAGACAGCCAUGGACGCAGAGAUGGCUUCCUGGAAGUCCACAGGCACCUACGUCGACCAGGUUCCCCCUCCUGGGGCGAACAUCGUCAGUGGCAUGUGGAUUUUCAGGGUGAAGCGGCCGCCGGGUUCUCCUCCUGUCUUCAAGGCACGCUACGUUGCUCGAGGCUUCAGUCAGCGAGAGGGAGUCGACUUCUUCCAGACCUUCUCCCCCACCCCGAAGAUGACCACUCUUCGGGUGCUGCUGCACAUAGCCGCUCACCGCGACUACGAGCUUCACUCACUUGACUUCAGCACUGCUUUCUUGCAGGGCAGCCUGCACGAGGAGAUCUGGUUGCGCCGCCCUCCUGGCUUCACUGGGUCGGUUCCUCCUGGCACCCAGUGGAGGCUUCAGCGGCCGGUCUACGGUCUCCGCCAGGCGCCACGUGAGUGGCACGACACACUGAGGACGACGCUUGCGGCUCUUGGGUUCGCUCCCUCUACUGCUGACCCGUCGCUGUUUCUAUGCACCGACACCUCGCUGCCGCCGUUCUACAUCCUCGUGUACGUUGACGACUUGGUCUUUGCCACUGCUGACACAGCGGCACUCGCCCACGUGAAGUCGGAGCUGCAGAGGAGACACACGUGCACAGACCUGGGUGAGCUGACAAGCUAUCUUGGCUUGCGGAUCACCCGGGACAGAGCACGGCGCACCAUCACCUUGACUCAGUCACACAUGGUGCAGCAGGUUCUCCAGCGCUUCCGCUUCACGUACUCCUUGCCUCAGUCCACUCCUCUGCCUACCGGUCACUCGCUCUCAGCUCUGCCUUCGGAUGAGUCCGUAGAGCCGAGUGGCCCGUAUCCAGAGCUUGUGGGCUGCCUCAUGUACCUGAUGACCUGCACUCGACCUGACCUUGCAUACCCCCUUAGCAUCUUAGCACGCUAUGUCGCUCCUGGCCGUCACAGGAAGGAGCACAUGGAUGCUGCUAAGAGGGUGUUGCGCUACUUGUGCAGUACGUCGGGCAUGGGGCUUGUGCUUGGAGGGCGAGACCGGGUUGUUCUCACAGGGCACUCAGACGCUUCUUGGGCAGACGACCAGGCUACUCAGCGGUCGUCACAGGGUUACACCUUCAGCCUUGGCUCUGGUUCAGUUUCUUGGCGUUCUACUCGUUCGUCUUCUGUUCUCAGCUCCAGUUGUGAGGCUGAGAUCUACGCCACAGCCAUGGCUGCUCAGGAGCUGCGCUGGCUGACCUACCUGCUGACCGACCUCGGAGAGCGGCCUCGUUCUCCUCCAGUGCUGUACGUCGACAACAAGGCUGCCAUUGCCUUGUGUGAGGAGCACAGACUCGAGCACAGAACGAAGCACAUUGCCCUGCGGUACUUCCUUGCUCGAGAGCUGCAGCAGCGCGGUCAGCUUCGUCUGCGUUACGUGGCCACUGAGGCCAACACUGCUGAUGUGUUCACCAAGGCACUCCAGCCUUGUGACCAUCAGCGCUUCUGUACUCUGUUAGGCCUUGUGCCUACUGGGCCUCACUUGCUCACUUCUUGA